AUGAAGCAAAGUCAGCAAAGCGAAACUAUAAAUUCUAGCGCCUUGAUAGAAUUGAACCUGGUCCCAGAAAACAGGCCGACCGAUGAAGUUUCAAUCGUCGACACGUCCCCGGACUACCCAACCGGACUGACACUUUGGUUGGUGCUAGUAACCGUCGGCGCUAUUAUAGUCCUUGCUUCCAUCGACAUCAACAUUGUAGCCACAGCGGUUCCUAGCAUCACCGAUCAUUUUCAUACUGUUGAACAUGUGGGCUGGUACUCAUCAGCGUUCCGGCUUUGCAUGUGCGCAUUCCAGUUCAUAUUUGGCAAGGCAUAUACGAUCUUCCCCGUCAAACGCGUGUUCUUGCUCUCAAACUUUAUUUCAAUUGUUGGCUCAAUAAUCUGCGGCGCUGCAACGUCUUCUAUGAUGCUAAUCAUAGGCCGAGCGGUUGCUGGACUGGCCUCUGCCGGCCUCUUUGCUGGGUGUCUUGUCAUUCUGGCCCAAUCUCUGCCACUCCAUCGCCGGCCGUUAGUUCUUGGAAUCAUAAGCGGGCUGGAGGGAACAACGAUCAUGGCAGCACCACUUCUGGGGGGCGCCAUCAGUCAGUCGUGGUCUUGGAGGUGGUGUUUCUUCAUCAAUGCGCCUAUUGGUAUUGUCAGCCUUGCUCUCACCAUGUAUUGCGUCAAAGAUGUGCCGACGUCAACCGCCGCCACAGAAAAGACCUCACUGAGAGCGAAGGUGAAGCAACUGGAUCUACUCAGUACAGCUCUAUUACUACCAUCUCUCACAAGCCUGUUUUUGGCACUCUCUUGGGUAGGUGUAAAAUUCGCGUGGAAUUCGACAGAAAUGAUUCUGCUCUUCAUCGUGUUUGGCGUUCUGCUCUUGCUCUUCAUCUAUCAUCAAACCCGUCGUGGUGAUGAUGCCACCCUUCCUCCACGGAUCAUGAAGCGACGAACUGUUAUCGCUGGGUUUUUGUUCAUCAUGUUUACAAACAGCGCAUCAAAUGUCUUGGAGUAUUAUUUACCCACAUUCUAUCAGACAGUUAGAGGGUUCUCCCCCGCACAGAGCGGUUAUAUGAUGUUGCCUGUUCUCAUCGGGGCAACCAUUGGUGCCGUCACACAUGGUGCUGGUACAAGCUGGCUCGGCUAUUAUGCACCAUUCAUGCUCUUUACGUCAAUAAUUUUGCCCAUCAGCACAGGGCUAAUCACAUCAGUGGCAGUGGACACAUCGGUUGUCAAGCUCAUCAUGUAUACUGGUCUGUCCGGGUUUGCCUAUGGCAUUGGAUUCUCCGGGCCACAGAACGCAGUUCAGACGGUUUUGCCACAAGAGGACAUCCCACUUGGCUUGUCGGCAAUGCUGUUUGCACAAUCGUUUGGGCCAUCAGUCGCUAUUGUUGGUGCACAAACCAUCUUUACGAGCCAACUGUCUGUUAACCUUGAGGGUAUUGCGCCCGGUCUGAACCGAAUGGCACUUGCAGAAAAGGGGUUGAUAGAAUUAAUUUCUGAAGUACCCGCAUCGGAUGUUGAGAAGGUUAUCCUGCAAAUUCAUCGCAGUAUUGUACCAACAUGGUAUUUGGUGGUCGCGUUGGCAUGUUUAACCAUUUUUGGCAGUGCCGCUAUAGAGUGGCGAUCUGUGAAAGCAAAAAUUGACUAA